AUGAAGACCUAUUGUUAACAUUCGGACGCUUCUUUCAGAACCCAAUGCUCAUUAUCAUUUCACUGGAAACUGGAAUUAAUGCAUUUAACUCAUCUGGUGGCAUUGCAUUUUUGCCGAAAUACUUUGAGCAUGCAUUGCGAUGGCCGACCUGGAAAGCUAACAUAAUUUUUGGUAGUACACUCAUAGUGAUGGCAUCUGUUGGGUUCCUGCUUGGAGGAACCAUCACCAGCUUCUUCAAAAUGGGGCCAAAAGCCUGCCUGAAAUUCUCAGUUUUCGCACUUUUUUUCCGAUUGUGCUUCUACUGGCUCUGCCUUAUUGAUUUUUGUCCGGAAUUAGAAACAAGAUCUAAUACAUUAUUAAAAAGGUCGACAUCGUUAACCUAACAAACGUCUUUGAUAAUACAUCGAUAGAUCCGAAUGCUUAUUGUUUGGAUUGUGAGUGUCCAGAAGAUCAAUACGAACCUGUAUGUGGCGAAGAUGGUCAAAUGUUUAGAUCUCCUUGCUAUGCUGGUUGUCGCGUGAAGAACAUCAAG